AUGGGUCAAAGCACGUCCGAGGAGAGUGAUGCUGGUUUCUCAGAUACGGAAAGAGAAAUAGAAGCAACUCGUGUCGAAAAUGCUACCAACUUCGCAGGAGCAGCGCCUUCUAUACUAGAUAAUGUUGCUAGUAUCACGCAUGUGGAGUCAAUUAUACGCAUUGGUGGGAUUCCGUCUAUUAAUUUUGGUCUAGAGGACUUUUUUUCAUAUGAACAUUGGGCAAUUCCUGAGCUGAAAGGCAAACGAGUUCGGUGCUUCAAGCUAAACUUUGAUCCAUCCGGGAGAGCACAAGUUGAACUACGCAAAACAGACGACCUGAAUAACGUUAUUGCCCUGAGCUACGCAUGGGGGGAGGAAGAACUGACAGAACGGGCGGUCGGUCGUUAUACAGGCGAUGUAUCUCCGGGCGAGGGUGAGUGUAAGAUCAUCCUAGGGAAGGAAUGGUCAACACCAGACUUUGUUUCUGUGCUUGCCAGGCUCAGCGCCAAUUCCUGGUUGUGGAUGGACCAGAUCGCGAGGCAACCAGGUGAGGCCACGGAGAGCAUUAUCUCUACAUUCAGUACUGUGUACAGUCGCUGCAGUGUAGUGGUAUUGCUACCUGGCCCCGAUUGUAAUUAUGCCAACGACAUGCGAAAUCGAUUAUUGAACGCUGGCUCGUUGAAUUACGAAGCGGCCAAAGAGCUCGUAAGGCUCUUCACCAGUCAUGUCGCAGAAUGUGCGUGGUACCUGCCAAAACUCCGCUGGUUUACACGUGUGUGGACACGCCAGGAAGCGCUGUACGCCCGUCGCAUACGUGUCGUCCAUGUCGGCGGGACGCCUGGGCCAUGUAUCCCUCGGAGCUCCAAUAAUUCCGAAAUACUUAUUCGAGAUCGACCAGCCUUUACAAAUCUCGGAGAGGUUUUGAGUACAAAGAUGAACAGCCCUGAUGAGACAACAGAUACAGCCGCACCCUACACUGUCCAGAUCACUCAACAGGCUCGCUGA